AUGGCUCCUGCGUACAUUCAAGUCCCUGGUGUGGACACCGACGGUCGGAGACCGUCUCUUUCCGCACCGCAUAUGGCGACCACCACUUUGAGAGUUGGCGGUAUGACUUGUGGCGCCUGUACCUCUGCCGUCGAGUCGGGUUUUAAGAACGUCGCCGGCGUGGGCAACGUAUCCACGAUAUCCGCCGAACAGAUUCAAGAGAUCAUCGAAGACCGAGGUUUCGACGCUGAUGUUCUUGCCACCGAUCUCCCGAGCCCUCUGUUCCCUCGCCACUCCUCUACCCUCGACGAGAAGCCUUCCACGACGACCACAAUUGGCAUCGAGGGUAUGACCUGUGGCGCUUGCACAUCUGCCGUUGAAGCUGGCUUCCAAGAUGUCCCUGGCCUACAUACCUUCAAUAUAUCCCUGCUUGCCGAAAGGGCGAUUAUUGAGCACGACGCGGACCUCCUGAGCGCGGAAAAGAUUGCCUCGAUUAUCGAAGACCGCGGAUUUGAUGCCACGAUAAUAAGUAGCGUGAAGACGGCCGCGAGCGCCCUAGGUGGCGCCGAGCCCAAGGGGACCGUAGCUAUAACAACUGUGGCCGUCGAAGGCAUGACUUGCGGGGCCUGCACAUCUGCAGUGGAAGGUGGUUUUGCGGAUCUUGAUGGUCUUCUCCGCUUCAAUAUCAGCCUUCUAGCCGAGCGCGCAGUCAUCACCCAUGACACCUCCAAACUAACUGCGGAUCAAAUUGCCGAAAUUAUCGAGGAUAGGGGCAACUCUACGGCACAUCUCAAGCUUUACGGCACCAUAAGCACUCCAGAGGCCACUCUACUUGAAAAUACGUUGCUUGGUUUGCCUGGUAUCUAUUCGGCUUCCGUCAACCUGCCAUCUUCUCGUCUCACGGUUGUGCACAAACCCGCGCUCAUCGGCCUACGCGCCAUAGUUGAGGUCAUUGAAGGCCAAGGCCUAAAUGCCCUGGUGGCCGAUAACGAGGAUAACAACGCGCAGCUAGAGUCCCUUGCUAAAACGCGGGAAAUUACCGAGUGGCGAACUGCUUUCAGGACAUCAUUCUGCUUUGCCGUCCCUGUCUUCAUCCUGAGCAUGGUCCUGCCCAUGAUCCACCCCUGGAUUUUGUUUGGGAUUGGGAAGCGCUUCUACAUUUCUGCGUAUCGAUCGAUCAAGCACAAGUCGCCCACAAUGGACGUGCUCGUUAUCCUUGGCACGUCCAUUCUCUUCGAUACUAGCACUAUGCUCAUCACCUUCAUCACCCUCGGAAGAUUUGUCGAAAAUAGUGCCAAGGGCCAGACAUCCAAGGCCCUCUCGCGGCUCAUGUCUCUGGCUCCUUCUAUGGCGACAAUUUACGCCGAUCCCAUCGCGGCUGAGAAGGCAGCCGAGCAGUGGGAUAAAUCCACAGAAGCAAAAAUGAAGGAUGACGCUAAAACCCCCGCAAGUGACGGAAACGCGUCGGAGGAAAAGAUCAUCCCUACUGAGUUGAUCCAGGUUGGAGACAUCGUCAUACUCAGGCCUGGCGAUAAGAUCCCCGCCGACGGUAUCAUUGUCCGCGGCGAGACCUACGUUGACGAGAGCAUGGUGACGGGCGAGGCCAUGCCCGUGGAGAAGAAAAAGGGCAGCAUCAUGAUUGAGAUUGUUAAGCUCGUCCAAGAGGCCCAGACCACGCGCGCACCAAUUCAGCGCCUGGCCGACUUGAUUGCCGGCUAUUUUGUUCCGUGCAUAUUAGUUCUCGGCUUCCUGACGUUUGCCUCUUGGAUGGUGCUCAGCCACGUUCUCCCCAACCCGCCGGCCAUUUUCCUCAAGGAUGAGAGCGGUGGCAAGGUCAUGGUCUGCUUCAAACUAUGCAUCUCCGUCGUUGUGUUUGCCUGCCCUUGCGCUCUUGGCCUUGCUACCCCCACCGCCGUCAUGGUUGGUACUGGUGUUGGAGCCGAGAAUGGUAUCCUUGUCAAGGGUGGUGCGGCUCUUGAGACGACGACAAAGGUCACCCAGGUUGUUCUAGACAAGACCGGCACUAUCACGCACGGAAAGAUGAGCGUUGCCAAGGCCGACCUGACACCUACGUGGUCCGCUAGCUCCCUAAAGACCCGUCUGUGGUGGGCCGUUGUGGGCCUCUCGGAAAUGGGAAGCGAACACCCUGUAGGAAAAGCGAUUCUUGCCGCGGCCAAGGAGCAUCUCGGUGUUGGAUCUGACGGCAUGAUCGAGGGCAGCGUUGGUAAUUUCAAGGCUGUUGUCGGCAAGGGCAUUAGUGCCGAAGUCGAGCCUGCCCUCAACGGUGACCGUGAGCGCCUGAGCGUGCUUGUCGGCAACGUAAAAUUUCUCAAGGAAAAUGGCGUUUCUGUUCCACAAGAAGCUGUUAAUGCAUCUGAGCUCGUCGGAUCUGGAGGCUCGGUAGGCAAGGGUCCUUCCACGGGCACGACCAAUAUCUUCAUCGCGAUCAACGGAGAUUUCGCUGGCUAUAUCUGCUUGGCCGAUACCAUCAAGGAAGGCGCCGCAGCUACCAUUGCUGUUUUGCACAGGAUGGGUGUCAAGACGGCCAUGGUGACUGGCGACCAACGCUCUACCGCACUCGCUGUUGCGCGCGCUGUUGGCAUCCCCGAAGAUCAGGUCUGGGCCGGAGUCUCGCCAGACCAGAAGCAGGAAAUUAUCCGUGAAAUCCAAGAGCGUGGCGAGGUUGUUGCCAUGGUCGGAGAUGGCAUCAAUGACUCGCCUGCUCUAGCCACCGCCGAUGUGGGCAUCGCCAUGGCGAGCGGCACAGAUGUCGCCAUGGAAGCGGCCGACGUUGUCCUCAUGCGCCCCACAGAGCUCAUGGACAUACCCGCCUCGCUCCAUCUCGCUCGCCACAUCUUCAACCGCAUCAAGCUCAAUCUCGCCUGGGCCUGCCUCUACAAUGCUGUUGGUCUUCCUUUUGCCAUGGGGCUCUUCUUGCCCCUUGGCCUUCACCUUCACCCGAUGGCCUCGGGCGCCGCCAUGGCCUGCAGCAGUGUCUCCGUUGUAGCAUCCUCUCUCCUUCUCAAGUUUUGGAAGAGGCCAUCAUACAUGAAUGACGCGCUCGCCAGCAAGGGAGGCAAGCUUAGGAGGCGCGGGUCCUGGGGCGUCCGCGCCUGGGUCAAGGAUCUUCUUGGCCGUCGCACGGAGAGGAGGGGCGAGGGCUACGUACCUCUCCAGACGCUGGAGCAGGCCGAGGUGUAA